AUGGAGAGACUUGACGACAGGAUAGGCCCCAUGCUGGAGCAGGACGGCAGCCACUUUAGUAAACGGUGGGGCUUCCUGUCUCGGGCUGGACUCAACGACAAGAGCCAGCUGUGCCGCCAGAUUGAGAAGUAUGCCGACGUCUACACCAGCCGCGUCUCCAACUUCAUGCGCUACACACCCUACGCGUACUUCAGGCGGGCGGGGUCCCCCAGCCAGAGCUUGGCGCACGACCGUGGCCUCACCUCGUACUACGAAAGGGUACUCCGGGGCAGGGAGGAUGACGAGGAUGAGGCAGCAAACAUAGGGGCUGCCAGAGGACGGCCAGGCAGCGGCGGCGCUGCGGCGCAUGGGUCGGCCAACGGGGGCCAUGCAGGAGUUAGCCCCGCCGCCAGCGGGAGCUGGAGUGCUGCUCUCUCUGAGGACCAGAUCAGCGACGGCGGCGAGGCAGGGACCAACAGCAGCAGCGGGAGCCAGGAGCACCCCGGCGAGCAGCCGGUGACGCGUUGA